GUUUCGGCCGUGGUGGGGGAUCUGGCUGUGGCCGCUCUCGGCGCCGGGGCGGACACCCGGAGUGAGGCCGGCAGCUGUAGAAACCGGCUGAAGCACGGAGGCCUGAGACCCGCGGUGGCCUGGGCCUCCCGGCGGCCCUGCCGAGCGCGCACACGGUCGCGGGGCGGAAAAGCGCCCACGGCGGCCGGCCCCGGGGCUGGGAGGGGGCGGGCGGGCGGGCGGCAGCGCUUGGUAGGAUGAAAAACGAGUUGUUGUAGUUAAUGCGUUGUAGCUGAUUCGAGCUUGCGUGGGAGAUUAAAUGUUCCUCUUCUUCAGCCGCCAGUUAACGUAGUUAUUAUCUAAAUAAUCCUGUUGGGUUAGUGAAGGAAUGAGGAUAGUGCGCUGGCGCCUACCGUUUGGAGGUGCACGAAAUCUUCAGGCCUCUUUUUCUUACAAAUAAAUGUGCCUUUGGCUUGAGGAUGAAAUCAUAAAAUUCCGUUUUACUGUAACCUGGGGUCCCCCCCUCGUGCAAAGGCUUCACACACAAGUGCGUCGUGUCGUGCCAUGCCGGCGGGGGAGUUUCAUUGACUUCAGUGGAUCUGAACAAUAACUAGUGUCUGGAGGUGAAAGGCAGUUGAAGUAGCUUGUUGUAUCAGACAGAUUUCAAAUUUAAGAGUAGUUUUAAGGAAAGCAAGUCUCAAAUAAAAGUUAACACCAGCAUGGUGAAACUUUGUAGAAAAAAAAGUCUACGCUAACUUUUCUGUUGCAAAGAGCUCAGAAAGGCCACAGCUGUGCAUUUCUAUUUGAAAUCUCUGGGUUUAUCUUGUGAAUCAUUUUUACAAAUCUGAUAGUGCUAACAUUGUGUGGCAUCCUGCAUCACCCUUGAAAGGAUCUCAGGUUACCCCACAGUGCUGUGGGACCCUGGGUAAGAAUCACUGGUCCACAUGCUUGAAAGAAGAAGAAAAAAAAAAAAAAGGCAAACUAUAUCAUACUAGCUGUUUAGCAUGUAACAUGUGCAAUAACACAUACUGAUCCCGAACUCCAGUCCUAGAGCAUGGUGAUUAACUAGACUCUAGAGUACAUGAUGGUGGUUUUCUGCAGCAGCCGUGCAUUCCUACUCUCAUCCUUGCAGUUUUCUCCCCUGCAAAAUCUGUCCCCUCAAGCUGAUUUCUACACGUUUGAUCUUGAAACUAUUACAUAUUUGAUUCAGUUGCAUCAAAUUACUUCACUUUUUGUUUGACAAAUACAAGAAAUAUACUGAUCCUCAUACAGUAUCAAUGCUAUUUCCUGCCUCCAAUAAACAAGCAAUAGCAAUACCUGUAUGCAGAGGAGGUAGAAUUAAAUGACUUCUAAUCAAUUUUUACAUUCCUUUUUCCUUUAUUGUUUUUUCUUGUGUAAUUAUUUAGACUUAUUUUCUGACUUAUUUUUAGACUUGCAUUCAUUUUUCUCAUUUUUUCAUGUUAUCAUAUUUUAGUAAGAAUAGGUAAGUUUCAGUCUCCAUCUUUAAUUCAGCAUGUUUUUACUAUAUGCAUAUCAAUACUGCACUCUUAAAUUUAUGACAGAACUGUUGUCACAACAGCAAAGCGAAGGUAUCAUGGCAAUUGAUGAACUUCAAGCAAUUGUUCAAAGAUGCCAAAUUCUGGAAGAAGAAAAUUUCAGAGCAGAAGAUUUUAAUCUUUUUCAAGUAGCAGGCCAGAAGUGUUUAGAAGAAGGGUAUGCCGCCCAGUUAUUAGAAGUAAUUCAAAAUGAAAAAAAUAAGGUUAUUGUCAAGAAUAUGGGUUGGAAUCUUGUUUGCCCUCUUGUCAGGUGUAUUUUGAGUUAUAAGCAGGAAGAUGAUAAGAGAGAACGCUGCCUGAAAAUAUUAGAUCAGUUGGUGCAGCUUAGUAACCCAAAGGAGCUUUUAUUGGGUGUACUUGAGCAAAUUGAGCAGGCGCCUGGGGAACAGAUAUCUGAAACUAUUAUGCUCUUGCUUCAACCUCUACAGACAGUGAUAUUGAAACUUCAUGGCAAGAAAUCAUACUCAGUAGGCCUAUCAUUGUCUACAAUUUUAAAUCGGCUAUCUCUCCUCCCUGUACCUUACACAAAAGACCAAAUACAAGAAGAUAAGCUUCAUCUCUGCCAGUGUUGCAAUGCAGUAGUGGAUUUUACUAAACCCUUUGUGGAUGAAGUUGUUAAAAAUAUGAAAACAUCAGAAAGUGGUGAGAGAGAGCUGAAGGAAGAAUUGCUUAAAUUUUGUUUGAAAAGCUUGAAAUACCCCUUAUUAACAGCACAACUUGAUCAGCUUGAAGACAUUGAAGAACAUCCCUUAAGGCAUUUUGCAGCUGAAAUUCUAGGCAUUUUAUCGGAUAUAGGAGAAUUCACACCAGCAGUAUUUUCACAUGGAAGCCACAGUCAGAACUGGGAUAAUCAUGAAUUUUUGGAUAUAGAUAGAAAUGAUUCUGUGGAUUCUUUGGCAUGUCUAUCAUACUUGGUGUUUGUACAGUAUAUUGGUAUUGAUUGCUUUCCAAUGAUCUUUAGUCCAUCCUAUCUUCUACAGUGUAACAUGUUACAUGUUGAAGUCCUAUUGAAAAGGACAGAAGAAUCCAUAUUGGCUAAAGGACUUGAUCUAUUUGAAAACUGUUUAUUGAGAAUGGACAAUAAUAGUCUUCUGCACCAGUAUUUAGAAUUCAGGAACUUCAUUACAGCAUCACAGGAUUUGGUGAAAGUGAUGACCCUGUGCCCUAUAGAAGAUCUGAGAAAGAAGAGCUUAAAUGUAUUACAGUUGUAUAUAGACAAGUUUGACACAGAGGGAAAAUACACAUUAUUCAGGUGUUUACUAAAGACAAGUAACCAUGCUGGUGUAGAAGGAUAUGUUAUUCAGAAUAUAAAAAAUCAGAUUGAUUUAUCAUUAAAGAGAGGACAAGACAAUAAGUGGUUUACUGGACACCAGCUCGUUUCCCUUCUAGAUGAGGUGUUCUGUCUUCCUGAAGGUGCUGAAACCGAUCUUCUCCAAAGCUCAGAUAGGAUUAUGGCAGCACUAAAUCUACUGAGAUACUUAGUCAUUAAAGAUAAUGAACAUGACAAUCAAACUGGUGUAUGGACUAUACUCACCAAGGUUACACAGAAUUUCUUAAAGCCAUUGCACACAGGACUUAAUAUGUCAAAAGCACAUUAUGAAGCAGAAAUAAAGAACAAGAAAGAAAACAGACGAGAGUCUCAUACUUCUAACACAGUUUGUUCUGUAACUGUUAGUGGGGAAAAGAUGCCUAACAUGUCUGCUGAAACGCAACUUCAGGUGCUGCACUCAGCUCUUUUCACAUUUGAUUUAAUAGAAAGUGUUCUUGCCCGAGUUGAAGAACUCAUUGAAGUGAAAAUUAAAGCUGUGACAGAUGAAAAUAUUGGGGUCAAAUGAAGAAUUUCUCCCUCUAAAUUCUAAUGAUCCUUUCACUUUUGCAAUACAUGAAGACAUUGGUCAUUGUAUUUUACUUGAAAAGAAUGUUACCAGCUUUAAAGAAGACUGUUGAGAGUAAUUUAUAUUGACUGCUAUAAGAACUGCAGCUACUGCCCUUUAUAUGAUUUUUUUUUAGUUUUCUGUAAUAUGGAGCUAGAGCAUCUACUUUUUUUUAAAUCAAGUUAUACUCUGGCACUAGCUACAGUUUUGCUAACAUUUAGAGACUGAACCUGCUUGGCAGGUGAUGUUUGGAUUUUGUUAACCUUUGAAAAUGAGAAGAUUCUUUGUUUGUUUUUUGGGGUGGGGAGGGGAGGGUUGUUUGUUCUUUUUGUGCAUAGAAGUGUUGUUGUAUUUGCAUUACUUAGAACCUGUUAGGGAAUAUUGAUUGACUAAUGUGUGUAUUACAAAGGUAUUUGUAAAGUGUUUUCAGAUCCACAGGUAAAAAGUACUAUAUAAAUGCUAUAUAUUAUUAUCCCUGUUACUAAUAUGGGCAACCAGCCUUCUAGAAUACUGAAAACUUUGCUAUAAAUCAGGACUACCUACACUAGUGAUCAAAAUAGGAAUGAAGACAAGUGGAAAACAAUCUUAGAGCAAAUAAGAUAAAUUUAGAACUUUUCAAUCAGUGGUAAUAGACAUUUACAGCACAGUAAAUACAAUUUUAGUAAAUAAAAACAAGAAUAGAUUUCCCUGCAUAAUUAACUUGUAUAACAUGGUCUUAAUAAUACACACAUGUUAGAACCUGUGAGAGUUCUCCCAAAGAUGUUUAAGGGCUUGAAAAUAAUAGAUGAGUGCAGUCAAACUAAAGGUUUUCUAUUUUUUAGUACAAUUGCACUGAAUAGAAAACCCCAAAAUCAACCGCCAGAGUUUAAAAUAAGAAAAAUGUCCUUUUUCUUCAAGACAGUAAACUUGGUAAAAAUACUCUGUUUUGCAUUGAAUAAAAAAACUACAGGCACGGACACGAGCGCGUUGGAGCAGACUCUAUUAGUUGAGUCUGCUGGAACAUGGUAAUUACUGUGCUCCAACAGCCUCCCGCAUCUCGUUCCUCAGCCUGUACUUCAAAAUGGCAGUGGGGGUACUUGAACUAAAGCUCGUUGAACAAACUUUAGUUUAAGCACCCUCACUACCACUUUAAAGCAUAGGGACACUGAUCUACGAGACACAGCAGAGUUUUAAUUAGAGCAGCUCCUAGAGCUGCUCUAAUUAAAGCACAGGCCUUCCCACCCCCAGGGCACAUGUAAAAAUGCCCUACAUAUUUUCAACUCAGAAGCAUUGUAUGCUUUUUAACAUUUAAAUUGACACUUAUUUUUCUGCUCUGAUGUUGUAUUUUUAAUAGAAAAGGGAGCGUUUGUAUUUUGUUCAGAAAUAUAACUGCAUAAAUUCUGAAUAGAAAUAAUGAUGCUAAAUUAGUUGCAGUCCAACUGGAUUUGAUGAAGCAUUUUCCAAACUGAACUCUGUUCUAUAAUCUGAGCUUUUGCCGUCAUCAUUCUGUAGCAAAUAUUGUCUCUGUGUGGUUUAGAGGUGGUCUUAAAGGAAAAAGUAAAUGCCUUAAUUAGAAUAAAACAGCAAGGGGAGAGUAAAGAAAUACUUCAAAAUGUAAAAAUACUUAUAUUGGGACUGGGACUACAUUUUCAGAAUGUUUGGCAGUAGAGUAAGUAGAUAAGUCUGUUGAGGUGCCAGGUUUAUUCUAACAUAGGCAUAAGACUGCUCUUGUUGCUGCCUGACUGUGCCUCCUAAUUUGGAUUAAGGAAGGGUGGCAUAAGAGUGUUUAUGCGGGUACUUCUCCAUCUGGGAGUACUCUUAAAUUAAAGUUGUCUUCAGGUAGCCAAUUAAGUUGGCCUUCUAAAUGCUUACCACUGAUCAAGCUACGGGGCAAGAAUCUGGCUUUAAGAUUUAGAAUCACAGUUCAAUAAUCAUACUAUUUACUUGAAUGCAAGAUGAGGUUCCCCCCAGUUAGCAUGAGAAAAAUGCUCCUCGUUUUAUAAUCGCAUACAAGGAAAUCUCAUUAAAUAAACUAUCUAUCAUUAAAUUGCUGUCAAAAGCAGCAUGUGCUCAGCAAUGGGAACCAACUAUGACACGGACUGAAUGUAGCCAACACUGAGCAUGACUACAAAACACAUGGCCCACAUUGGGCAAACAUGCUGAUGGGAACCCACCAGGAGAAUAGGUUAGUAUAGCCCGUCUUGAAUAUGACAUACAAUAGUGCCCAUUAAGCAAAGUCCUCCUCACUGCUAACUCUUUCAAGUCAUGGUGAGCUAUGACAUUUUGUACAGUUCACCCAGAAUUUCUGUGUUGCCUCCUCUCUCAGCGUAGCACACAUGAUUAGUGUGGCCCCACCCUCCAAGAGGUGAAGCUGGACCAGGUUGCCCUACAUCUCUGCACAUAAAUUUUUGAACCAUCUCAGGACUUGUGACAAGAACAUUUGGUUCCAGUCAUAAGUGGGAGCUAAUUAGCACAUGAAUCAUUUGUGGGGAGUAUCUGGAGAAUGCAGAUAUACUAAGUAGUGUUGAGCUAUGGCCUCUGGUGAGGCCCAGCCCAAUUAACGAUAUGGUAAAUCAUGAGCCUUUGGCUUUGGACUAAUAUGCAUAGUUGGUAAUAUGAAACUGGGAUGUUAAUGUAGAUCAAAUGCAGGUUUUAAGUUAAAAUUUAAAAGAUCAGCGUGGGCCUGAUUUUAUUUAAGACUUCUUAAUUAACAUUGAAUUGUUGAAAAUGGGAACUGAUUGUACUAGUGGUUCAAACUUCAGCAUGCGAGGCCAGAUCCAAUGCACAGGGUUGGGGUAGGAUGUAGCCAGAUCUAGUAUGUGAGGUUGGGCUGUGCAUGGUGUUGAGCUGAUGCAUGUGGUCAAAUCUGGCACAUGGUUAAAUAUGGCGCGUGGGCUCAGGCCAGCACAGCUGAUGGUGCCCAUGGAUUGAUGCUGUGGACCGGCCCGGUGCCACUUGCCUGGCCUGCAGGACCAGAAGGUUGAGCAUCACUGGAUUGUACAAUAGGAGCUAGAAAGGUAUAGUGGUCAGCAUUCAAAUAGCAUACAUCAGUCAUUGUUGUAAAUAAGAUACUACAGAUAGUUUUAUGGAUUCUAAAACAGGAAAUAACUGCAAAAAAUUGUAAUUUGGAAAAUACUGAUUAUUUUACAUGGAGCCUUUUAUAAAAAGGAUAACAUGCAAAUUAGUAUCUGAUUCUAACACUAAAUCAUGUACUCUGCUACUACUAUUAAUUUUUAGUGUAUUAUUGGAGUACUGUUCAUAUGACUGUUGUUGGCAUUGAUUCAUUAUUUCCAUAGAGAAAAAUGAUUGGUAGGGAUUUAUAUAACUCUUGUAUGUGUGUUCAUCCUUUCAGAGAAAAUUCAUGUUUACAUAAACAUGCAGGAUAUGUGGCAAGCAGUUGCACAGAUAAAAAGGACAUAAACAGCACUAUUGCACUUGUUAGGCUUUAGAAUUAAUAUUAAAAGAAUUAAAAUUGAAAUUCACAAGUUGCUGCGUUUGUUCAAAUGAAAAAUUUUUACUUCAAAAGGCAUUCAAUAUUUAAAUCUCAUUUGGAUUGUAUACUUUUUUUCCCCCUAGUAAAUAAAUAGAACCACUCCUGACUUAUGGUAUACGAGGGCAAAAUUAGGUUCCAGUGUUUUCAUUCAUCUUUAUCCAUGCUUAAUAGAUUCAUAGAUGCUAGUGUCAGAAGGGACCUCAACAGAUCAUCGAGUCCAACCCCUUGCCCUGGGCAGGAAAGAGUGCUGGGGUCAGAUGACCCCAGCCAGAUGCCUAUCCAGCCUUCUCUUAAAGACCCCCAAGGUAGGGGAGAGCACCACUGCCCUUGGAAGCCCAUUCCAAGAUUUGGCUGCCCUCACCGUGAAGAAGUUUUUCCUGAUGUCUGGCUUAAUUCUGCUCUCUGUCAGUUUGUGACCAUUGCUCCUUGUUAUCCCAAGAGGCGCCCUGGUGAACAGAGCAUCUCUGGUUCCUUGCUGCACCCCGCUAAUGAAUUUGAAUUCGGAGGGCCACAAGAUCACCUCUCAGCCUUCUCUUGCGGAGGCUGAAGAGGUCCAUGUCCCUUAGUCUGUCCUCAUAGGGCUUGACCUGUAAACCCUUAACUAUAUGAGUGGCUCUCCUCUGGACCCUCUCAAGGUUAUCCACAUCCUUCUUAAAGUGUGGCACCCAGAAUUGGACGCAGUACUCCAACUGUGGCCUGACCAGUGCCGCAUAGAGGGGAAGAUUCACCUUGGUUCUAUUUGUCAUUAAUCUGCUGAUGCACGAUAAAGUGCGGUUAGCUUUGCUGAUGAUUUCGCCACACUGACGACUCAUGUUCAUCUUGGAGACCACCAUGACUCCAAGAUCCCUUUCUGCUUCUGUGCUGCUGAGAGGGUCAUUCCCCAGCCAGUAGGUGUGCUGGAUAUUUUUAUGCCCUAGGUACAGCACACUGCAUUUGUCCUUGUUGUACUGCAUCCUAUUGUGUUCUGCCCACUUAUCCAACCUGUCCAGGUCUGCCUGCAAUCGUUCCCUACCAUCCAGAGUGUUCACUUCCCCUCACAAUUUAGUAUCAUCCACAAACUUGGACAGAGUACACUAUACACCCACAAAAGGCCUUUUAAAGCUACCAUUAACAAUGGUUUAAACCAGGGGCUGGCAACCUUUGUCUUGCCAAAUCAUUUAAUCUGGCCUGCAAAGCUGGUAUAUUGGCAAGAUUCAGUGGGGGGAGCAGUAGCCCAGCUAGAAGUGCAGCAGCAGUGAUUUGGUGGGCUGGGAGGAGCACCAAGCCACAAGCAGCAGCCUGCCUUCAGAUCCAUUAAUUUGGCCUGCCACUCCUGAACUGGGUUGCCAAUGCCUGAUUUAAAUAGUUAAUAUUUACACAACUAAAACAUCCAGCUUCAACUAAUAUUCCUAGUAUGAUAGAUAUUGUAGGAACUUUGAUCACUGUGACAGUAAGGCACAAACACAGUUACAGACAAAAAUUAGCUUUGCAGGUUCCUGCUUUUUUGGUAAAUGUGUUUUAAAAACCUUUUUAUGAGAUAAUGUUUGUAUGUCGGUAGACUUACCUUAGCUAUAGUUAGCAUGAGCCGAACAGUUUCAGAAGCAUUAUGGACUGGAAUUAUCCGUAAAUUACUGCCCAGGAAUCUACACGAGAAAAAAUUAGGAUUAUUUUUAAGAUGUCUAUUUACUGUACAUUACAGCAUAGGGCUAAAAAAUGUCAUAUUGUAAUGGUGGUGAGUAGGUGGUAGAAGAAUGCAGAGAAUUGUUUUCAAGACAAAUGAAAGGGUGACGCUAGUUAUACGCCCUUUUCCCUGUACAUAUCCCCUCUUAGUAUAGUAUUUUUCUGGGUUUGUCUCAGAGAGAAACUCCAUUCCAUCUCUGAAGAGCUUAGCAAGAGCUCCAAGUACCCUUUCCUUCUCUUAGGGCAAAUCUUCCUCAACAAGCACAAACCCAGAGAGGACUGAAAUUAAGAAUUCUUCUGCUCUGCCAGUUGCAGAAGAAUUGCAGUUUACUGGUAAUGUUCAAAAAGCCAGUGGACAGUUAGAUUUGUGGAGGCUGGUAACAGAGCACAGUAAGGUGUCAGACAACACUAAGCAAAAAGAAUACUUCAGAAUCUGAACUGUAGUAUUGCUGCAGACAACCAUUCAGACUUAACAUUACAUGUCAGUGCCACACAAUUAAAAUAACAGAAUAAUCCCAACAGCCUGUCAAGAUUAUAGAGUGAAAUUCUUAAAAUACAAUGCCUAAUGUCUGAAACUAUAUUGCUCCCGUAGCUAUUGUAUUGAAAGUCCAGUUUGGUCGUCUUAUAUGUUGAAAGUGAUCUAGCAGUUAUAUUAGUAGGCCUGUGUGAAAUGCCUGUUUCGUUUCGGUUUCAGAUUCAGCUGUUUUGGAGGACAGUGAUUCAUUUUGGUGUUGCAGAUUACUGUUAUGUUUCUAUUUGGCUGAAUCUGUUUCGGAGUUUCAACACUGUUUUGAAGAUUCAGAUCGGUUGGGGAGAGGCAGGCACAUCCAGGCAGCUGCAGGUUCUCCCGUGGCUCCUCCGGCUGUGCCUGCCUCUGCCCUGGCAGGGGGAGCCACGGGAGAAGCCUUCAUGGCUGUCCUGCCCAGCCCCAGCCUUCCAGCACUUUAACAAAACAAAACAAAACCAAAAAAAGCCCCACACUUACCGGCUGCAGCAGCAGCGGUCAGGGCCUCUGAGGGCUUGUGGUAGAGCCCCCCCCACACAGCGUGAGGCAGUGGGGGGCAGGGGGGAUUGCACGCCCACUUGGCACCUGGGUGGCAAUUGUCACAUCGUGCAGGUGCAGCACGGUUUGGUAGGGUGCUGUGCAGUGUCUGGGAGCUGGGGCAGUUCCAGCAGUCAGCUGGAGCCUAGCAUCGCUCAGCCCCAGCGGCCCCAGCUCCCAGACAAUGCACAGUGCCUUGCUGAGCCACACUGUGCCAUGGGGUGCCCCGCGCUGUGUGGGGGAGUUCUUUCAUGAACCAAUCGCUGCUGCUGCAGCCAGUGAGUACAGGGCUUUUUCUCUUUUUUUUCUUUUUUUAAGUGCCAGGAGGCUGGGGCUGGGCAGGGCAGCCAUGGGGGCUUCUCCUGUGGGCCAAAACAUCUGAAACGAAACGGCUGCCAAAAUUUUGCACAGUCCUACUAGACAGCUAUGAAACCUAAUCCCAUUCUUAGGAGUUGUUACUGUAAACAGUACAUAGGAGGGACACUGCUUCUGUACAUCAUAUCUUCCAGAAAUAAACAGAACUUGAUUCACCAACUCCUGGUCCAUCACCUUUCAGAAGCAGCACAUACAAUGACGCUUCUAAGAAGACUAUUCAAGUCAAAAUUAGUUACUCAAACAGGUAUCAGUGAAAUGUGGGCAAGCAGGCUGAGAAGCUUAAAAAUUCUAGAAACUUUGCAAAGAGUUCCACUUUCCUUGAUUAGGGUGGGACAACCGGAACAGCUUCCCCAGGCGCUGACUAAAGGAACACACAAAAAACAAUGCUGCUGCAGCGUGCAGAUGCACAAUCAUGCUGAGCGUGGUGGCAGCUGGAAGUUGCUACUACCCCUGUGUCACAGCUGGUCUGGGCAUCCAGACAGUGUUACUCCUCUGGUUUACUUAGUAGAACUGAAGUACCAUAGCAGCCAAAAGUGAUUAGUUGUGGUAACUUGGAUGAGAAAUGCCUUGAAGUAAUCACUGUUUUAAUCCAAAUUAGCACCCAGUUGUUCAGAUGUGUACUCCUUUGUUUCUCUCCUUUUUAUGGUUACUACCUGCUCUUUCUUCCAUCAGUCUGCCUGAUAAACUGGUUUUAUUCACA